AUGGACCAGAGCAACAAUGUUCAUCUGAAGUGGAAUAAGCACCAAGCUACUUUGGUGUCUGUUUUUGAUGCUCCGCUGGGCACCUGUAGUCCAUAUUUUGAGGCACUGUUUUCUGAAAACUAUGAGAAGCAUCCAGUUAUUAUCCUGCACAAUGUAAAAUAUGAAAUGGUUAAGGCUUUGAUGGACUUUAUGUACUGUGGCAAAAAUGAGCCAGAAGAAAAGGUACAGUCAUUUAGAGGGUUCUCUCCAACUGUGUCAUCCCAGACAGGAAGUCCCAAGGGAGUUGACUCUGUUUCUAAAUUGAUACCAAGGAACAGAGUGAGUAUUAAUCACUCUGGUUCUGGUCAGAGUGUAGGCCAAUAUGAAUUUGAAGAUAUCAUUACUCCUGACCUGGAUAGCGUGCCCCAACUUCUAUCUCAUCCGCAAGUACUGCCUAAGUUAAAUAACCCAACUGGUGAAUCGGGUUUUAUUGCCACUUCUCAUAAGUCUGUAUGCAGUCAGGUGCAGAUAUUUAGUGAAGAAGGGUUUUUGGAGCCAGCUAUUGCAGAAAAGGAAUGGUUUGAAACACCAGGAUCAGUAUUAACACAUCAAAAGCCAACAAAUCUGAGGACACUUGAAGAAGAGAUAACAUUAAAAACAACAUCUGAGGUCCUCGACUGUCACAUGGAAAUAGUAGAAGUAAAUGAUAAUGAUGGUUAUCAUAAUAAUGCUUGUAGUCCAUAUUUUGAGGAACUGUUCACCAAAAACUAUGAGAAGCACCCAAUUAUUAUUCUGCACGGUGUAAAGUAUGACACGGUUAAGGCUUUGACGGACUUCAUGUACCGUGGUGAAGUAAAUGUACCACAAGAGGAGCUUAGUGGUGUUCUUAAGCUAUCAGAGUCCCUUCAGGUAAGGGGACUGUCUGGCAGUGGAUGUGUGGAUGAUGUCAAUAUGCAGAAAGGCAGUGGAAGAGAUGUGCCACCAGUAUUUCCAGAAACUCUUCCAUCCCAACCUGCUGCUUCUGCGUCACGCUUCACUUCAGGUGAGAAUGAAUCGGAAGGAAAGUCGCAGUCAAUUAGAGGAAACUCUCCAGUUGCGUCUUCCCAGGAUGGAUGUCCUGUGGGAGCAGACGCCAUUCCUAAAUCCACUCGGAAGUACAGAAAAAAUAUUAAUCGCAGUGAAUCUGAUCAGAGACCAGAUCAAAAUGUGUUUGGAGAUUUCAUUACUCCUGAUCUCGAUAGUAUGCAUCAACUUCCAAGUCAAAGGCAAGUAAUGCCCACAACGUCUAGCUCAGCUGGUGAACGAGGUUUCAGCCCAGUUCAUUGUCAGUCCAUGUGCAGGGAGUUGAAGAGCUCCAGUGGGGAAAUAGAUAUCACAGAAAAUGAACAGCUUUUAAUGCCGGAAGCAGUAUUAGCUGACAAAAGGUCGAAAAAUCUGAGUACAUGCCAACAGGAGAGAUCACUAGAAACAAAAUCUGAGGCCCUUGAGAGUCAGAUGGAAAUUGUGGAAGAUCUUACUCUCAAUGAUGAUGAUGAGGAUGAUGAUAAUGAUUAUCAUGAUGAUGAUUAUCUUGAUGAAGGUAACAGUGCUGAAGAUAACAUUGGGGAAGGCAGGAGAAUGAGUGAAUGUCUUACAUAUGAAGGGAAUUUUCGUCCUCAAGGUAUUAAUGAUCUACAUCCACCAUUAGGCAGUGAUUAUUUAAGGAACUCAAUUUUGUCGACACCAUCCACAGUGUUAUCUAAUCGAUUUGACUGUCCCACUUGCGGGAAAUCAUACCUGUACCGCAGUGGCUUACUCAGACAUGUGAAGCACGAAUGUGGUAAAGAACCUCAGUUUCAAUGUCCCCGUUGCAACAAACGGUGUGCUCGGAGUGAUCAGUUGAGGUCACAUAUGUCAAGUCGUCGUUGUCGGAUGCUGGACAGUGUAGCGUAUUUUGAAGGGAACAGUGAUGAGGAAAAAGAGUUGUUGGUCCGACGUUCUGAAGCAAAGCUGGACAAUACCUCUCAAGUUUGCCUACACCAUGAAGCCCUGUUAUUGACACAAUAUGAGAGGUUAAAAAAAAUUGCUUCAAACCCUGUGGGAAGAAUUGUAAAUGCAAUGGGAGUAAACCGACAAAUUGAAGAUGCUAGUGAAAUUAAGGAAUGUGGAAACUGUGCCGACUAUGCACAUUUGCUGACUGAACUGAAAGCCAAGAUGCAGAAUGCAAUUCAUAAAGAACAGGUGCAAAUUUUAACCUUGGCACCUGUAAGUUGGACAGUCAGACAAACAGCAGGUCAGUUUGGCGUGUCCGAAAGAAUGGUGAAGAAUGCUCGGAAGCUUAUGGCAGAGAAGGGCAUUCUGGCACUUCCUGAAAAUAGGCAAAGCAGGAAAUUACCAGCAUAA